CUUAAAGCCAGACGGCCUGUCGCUUCCUCAAUUCGACUGAUUCUGUCAUCCUCUUCCAUCUCCUUUUCUUCCUCUUCUUCUUCCUCCUCCUCCUCCUCCUCCUCUCGCAUUGUGACCUCGCCGGUUGGUAUUCGUUUGAAAACUACUCUCGCCACUGCACAGCCGUCCACCAUGGCUCGCUUUCCCGCACAAAGCCGACCCGUUCACGCGACUUCCUUCGUCAGCCAUCCCGCUCCCGCCGAGUCGUCCAAUUUUGACACCGCCAACCCGGCCUACAUCCGCAAAUAUCUCCGCACCUAUGGCUUGACGCCCCCGCGUGCGGAGUCAUACGAGACCCAGAAGACUCGCUGCUUGGCUCAAUUGGCUCUCAAGCAAACCGUUAUCGACAAAUUCCUUUACCUCAGCACUCUCCGCAAGAACAAUGUCCACCUGUUCUACCGUCUGGUCACGGAUCACCUCAAGGAAUUGACUCCCCUCAUCUACACCCCUGUCGUUGGAGAAGCUUGCCAAAGAUGGUCUGAGAUCUACCAACAGCCGGAAGGCAUGUACCUGAGCUACGAGGACCGGGGCAAUCUGGCUGCUGUCAUCGCCAAUUGGCCCCAGCCCAACGUCGAGAUCACUGUUAUUACCGAUGGCUCCCGCAUUCUUGGUCUCGGCGACCUUGGCAUCAACGGAAUGGGUAUCCCCAUUGGUAAAUUGGCUCUGUACACCGCAUGUGCCGGCAUUCGUCCCGAGGCUACUCUCCCCUUGACUCUGGACCUGGGUACCAGUAACAAGGCUCUCCGGGAAGAUCCGUUGUACAUGGGUAGCCGUCGUGACAAGGUCACCCCCGAUGAGGAGCGUGAGUUCAUGGACGAGUUGAUGACUGCUCUGACCGAGCGCUGGCCUGGUAUUGUCAUCCAGUUCGAGGACUUCAAGAACCCCUUCCCCGCUCUGGAGCGUUACCGUGACGUCUACACGUGCUUCAAUGACGAUAUCCAGGGUACUGGAGCUGUCAUCCUUGGCGGUGUGAUCAACGCUGUCAAGCGCUCCGGCCUUCCCUGCAAGGAACACCGUGCUGUCUUCUUCGGUGCUGGCAGUGCUGGUGUCGGUGUUGCCAAGCAGAUCGUCGACUUCUUCGUCCGUGAGGGCAUGACCGAAGAUGAGGCCCGCGCCUGCUUCUACUUGGUUGACACCAAGGGUCUCGUGACUGCUGAUCGCGGUGACAAGCUCGCUGACCACAAGGUCUACUUUGCUCGCACCGACAACGACGGUCUGCAGCUGAAGACCCUCGAGCAGGUUGUUGACCACGUGAAGCCCACCAUCCUGAUGGGUCUUUCCACCAUGGGCGGUGUCUUCACCCCUGAGAUCCUCCGCAAGAUGGCCGACUGGAACAAGAGCCCCAUUGUCUUCCCUCUGUCUAACCCCUCCUCCAAGUCUGAGUGUGACUUCGAGAGUGCCAUCACCAACACCGACGGCCGUGUGCUUUUUGCGUCUGGCUCCCCCUUCCAGCCCAUGAGCUUCACCAACUCCGCCGGUGAGACCCGCACCUACUACCCCGGCCAGGGUAACAACAUGUAUGUUUUCCCUGGUAUUGGUCUGGGUACUAUCCUCUCCAAGGCGGUCAAGGUCACCGACACCAUGAUCUAUGCCUCGGGUGAGGCUCUCUCCAAGGCCUUGACGGCCGAGGAAAUUGACAAUGGUCUCCUCUACCCCGACUUGACCCGCAUCCGCCAGGUUAGCGUUGUUGUAGCGCGCAAUGUCAUCCGUGCGGCCCAGGAAGCUAAGGUCGACCGCGAGACUGCCCUGCGCAACAUGGACGAUGCCACCCUGGAUGCCUGGAUCAAGGCCCGCAUGUACGAUGCUCACACGGAAGUUCUGUCCUUGGAGCGCGAAGUUGGCGCCAUCCUGUCCAGCCUGGGUGGCAGCGCCUUGUCUCUGCCUGGCCUGAGCGAGGAGGCUGAAAAGAAUGCUAAGCUGUAAAUGGCUUUUCCUUGUUUGUCUUUUUCAUCAGUUGCAUCCCUGGGUUGACGAGGUUGCUUGACUUUGGAGCGAUU